AUGCACCCACCGGACUUCAGCCUCACCCAUCUCAUCAAAUCCCAGCCCUCCGAUCCCGAUCCCGAUCCCGGUCCCCUCUUCCUCGGUGGUCUGUUCCUCCACCCCAAUGACACCGUCCCUCCUUCCUUCCUCUCCUUGGUUCCCCCCAAGACCCGUUUCAGUUUCACGCGCCGUGACAAAACGGUGCGUCUUAGAGGUUUGAGAGGAGGAGGAGGUGGCGGUGCUCUGUUCUUGUCUGUGAGCUUGUCGAUAAAGGGGAGUGAAGGGAAUGGUGACGAUGGAUGUGUUGUGGAAUCUGGGCAAGUCUUGGGGCAAAAUGGGAAUACAAGUUUUUCGUCGGAGGAGGCCGUCGUGUUGUUCGAGAAGGGUGAGAGUGAGACUGUACGAAAGGGAUCAGGUGCUAUGAACACAACAAAGCAUCUCUGGUCUGGAGCUGUUGCUGCUAUGGUUUCCAGGACGUUUGUUGCUCCUCUUGAGAGGCUAAAGCUGGAAUAUAUAGUUCGUGGCGAACAGAAGAGCCUUUUUGAGCUCAUCAGGACGAUUGCAGCUUCUCAAGGGCUGAAAGGAUUUUGGAAAGGAAACUUUGUCAAUAUUCUUCGCACAGCACCCUUUAAGGCUAUCAAUUUCUAUGCUUACGAUACUUACAGAAAUCAUCUGAUGAAAUUGUCUAAGAAUGAGGAAUCCACAAAUUAUGAGAGGUUUCUUGCUGGUGCUGCCGCUGGAAUUACCGCUACCUUGCUCUGCUUACCUAUGGACACUAUCAGGACAAAGAUGGUAGCACCUGGUGGAGAAGCCUUGGGUGGUGUAAUUGGUGCUUUCCGCCACAUGAUCCAAACUGAAGGGUUCUUUUCUCUUUACAAGGGUUUACUACCCUCUAUUGUGAGCAUGGCACCUUCAGGUGCAGUUUUCUACGGUGUUUAUGAUAUACUAAAAUCGGCUUAUCUGCACUCACCUGAAGGGAGGAAAAGAAUCCAACACAUGAAACAAGAAGGGCAGAAACUGAAUGCUUUGGAACAACUGGAGUUAGGUCCCAUUAGAACAUUACUGUAUGGGGCAAUUGCCGGAGCUUGUUCUGAAGCUGCUACAUAUCCUUUUGAAGUUGUGAGGAGACACCUUCAAUUGCAAGUUCGGGCAACUAAGUUAAGUGCAUUUGCAACUUGUGUGAAAAUUGUUGAGCAAGGAGGUGUACCUGCUCUUUAUGCAGGGUUAACACCAAGCCUAUUGCAGGUUUUACCAUCAGCUGCAAUCAGUUAUCUUGUAUACGAGUUCAUGAAGAUUUUUCUCAAAGUAGAGUCCACGUAA